AUGAGCUCGUUCUCUGCGUUCUCUGAGAUGUUUGGCUCCGAAUACGAGUCUCCAACUACCGGAGGUGGCGAUUAUUGUCCGACGCUGGCGACGAGCUGUCCGAAGAAACCGGCGGGUCGGAAGAAGUUUCGGGAGACUCGCCACCCAAUUUACAGAGGAGUUCGUCGGAGAAGCUCCGGUAAAUGGGUUUGUGAGGUGAGAGAGCCAAACAAGAAAUCGAGGAUUUGGCUCGGAACGUUCCCAACAGCUGAAAUGGCAGCGCGUGCUCACGACGUCGCCGCCAUAGCCCUCCGUGGCCGAUCCGCUUGCCUCAAUUUCGCUGACUCGGCUUGGCGGCUCCGUAUCCCGGAAUCAACGUGCGCGAAGGAUAUCCAGAAGGCGGCGGCUGAAGCAGCGGUGGCGUUUCAGGCUGAGAUGAGUGGUACGACGACGGAUCAUGUCCUGGACAUGGCUGCGGCGGCGACGACGUUGGAGCUAGCUAUGGAAACGGCGGAACAGAGCGAAGAGUUUUUGUUAUAUGGACGAUGA